GUGUGUGUGUGUGUGUGUGUGUGUGCGCGCGUUGAGUGAGUGUGUCGACUACGGUCUGAGAACAAAGGUGUAACAAAACAGUCCUUUGACUUAGUAUAACCUGAUAUAUGCAAAAAUAAGGCGAUUGAAAAAAAAAAAAAAAUGAGGCGAUUAAAUAACAAACGUGUAGAACAACAACAUCAAAACAAUGAGAAAUCUCAAACAAAAGGGACGCAUAAAAGUUACCCCAGCACCCUAGGCAUGGGAACACAGCUGUAUACUGUCUGCUGCCAUAGUGCGUUAUGGUGUGUGCGCUAUGUGCAACUUGUCGUCAGGUGGCAAGCCGCCCCUUCCUCCUGUUUAGGCCACUGUCUACCGCCGCCGGAUUCAGAAAACUCGGCAGAAAACUCGGUAGAAAACUCGUGGCCACGCCCACAGCGCACCAUACAAAAAGACACAGAGUCGCGAAGGAAAACAAUUGACCGCGGGCUUUAGAGCUGUAUCACUGAAAGAUGUCAGUUGCGUGUCUCGCCCUCGGACUGCUGUGUGCUAUUUGGACCUGCGUUGCUUUGACCUCAGGUGCUGGCAUCCCUGAUGUGGUCACCAAUCUGGGGGACACUGAGGUGAUCAGAAGAGAAGGAGAAGAUGCCAUCUUACCGUGUGGUCUGGGUUCCCCGGUGAACCUGAAGGAUGAGGUGUUUGACUGGAAGAAGAAGCAGCAGGAGGUGUUCUUCUAUGAAAAGGGCAAGCAUUACAACAACGGCAAGCGUGGACAAGACCUCCAGUUCGUGGGCAGGGUGCACCUUCUCCCAGGGGGGCUGCAGGCCGGUGACGCCUCUGUGAUCCUGUCCAGUGUGACCCAGGCCGACGGCGGAGUGUAUUCUUGCUACUUCCCACGUCGGAACCUGACGAGAUGGAUCCGGCUGACUGUAGAGAAUUGGGUGACCGGCGAUCAUGAAGAGGUCCUCGGGAAUGGUCCAUGGAAGGCCAUAGGUGUUUCUUUUAUUGUUCUCUUUAUUUUAUUAGUUGUAGUUAAUAUUUACCAAUUUACCAAAAAUAAUAACUGUAAGAAAGGUCAUGGUCAACAAGCAGUCCCUGAUUCUGAUAGUUUGGAAACGAAGCAGUGCCUAUUUGUCCUGUCCCCAUCGUGAUGCCGCUGUACAGCUGAACGUACCGUCUUUCGGUUGAGCGACGGACACUUUUGGUCAUCUGAAGGUGUGCAUUUGUAUCUCAACAGUUUACUUUUGAUACAACAUUUCUACGAGAGAGCAGUUAUUUAUGUUAGUUAUGGAACAUGGAAACAACCUCAAAUGGCUGUUUCAGGUUAUGGGUUCCUCAGGAGCAUCUCUUCAUGGUGCUCCACCUAGAUCACUCAGGUCCUCUGGCACUGGCCUCUUAGUUACCUAUGCCCCCCCCCCCCUCUGGAACAGCCUGCCAGAGGAGCUGAGGACGUCACAAUCUGUGAACACAUUUAAAGGUCCCAUGGCAUGAAAAUUUUUCUAACAUUAACAUGAGUUCCCCUAGCCUGCCUAUGGUAUGCCCCAGUAUCUAGAAAUGGCGUUAGGUGUAAAACGAGCACUAGGUAUUCUGCUCCGCCUAUUGAAAAAUGAAAGCUCAGACGCUCAGAUUUUGGCCCCCAUAUGUCUUCAUAAGGGGCCAAGUUACCUCCCCUUUCUCUGCCUUGCCCAACCAGAGAAUUUGGCCCGCCAAUGGGAGCUACGACCGACACAAUAAUGUCACUAUUGCACACAUCCUCCAUAAUGAAAACACUGUGUAUUUAGUAUCUGUAAUUUAAGUAUAUACAUGAUACUUGGAUUUUUGUAAUUUUUAUAAAUAGUGCACAUUUUACAUUUUAUAGUACUUUUAUCGUCUAACAUUUGAUAUGUAUAGAUAUUUUGUAUUUAACGUUGUAUACUUAUUAUAUUUUAUAUUAUACUAUAUACCUGACCUUUUAACUUAUUUAAUAAUCCUGUUUACUUUAUUGUUCACCUGCUUUUGCAAUGCAAAUGUUUAUUUCUCAUGCCAAUAAAACUUUCUUUUUAUUGGAA